GGUGUAUAUAGGCACAAUGGUGUAUAUAGGUACGAUGGUGUAUAUAGGCACAAUGGUGUAUAUAGGCACCAUGGUGUAUAUAGGUACAAUGGUGUAUAUAGGUACAAUGGUGUAUAUAAGUACAAUGGUGAAUAUAGGCACAAUGGUGUAUAUAGGCACAAUGGUGCAUAUAGGUACAAUGGUGUAUAUAGGUACAAUGGUGUAUAUAGGUACAAUGGUGUAUAUAAGUACAAUGGUGAAUAUAGGCACAAUGGUGUAUAUAGGCACAAUGGUGCAUAUAGGUACAAUGGUGUAUAUAGGUACAAUGGUGUAUAUUUAGGCACAAUGAUGAAUAUAGGCACAAUGGUGUAUAUUUAG